CUAUUUGAAACCGGCUUUGAGUUGUUCAGACUAGGUAACUUUAAACUGAGAUCGGAAUAUCAAGGUUAUCUACAGAUUUAGAACAAAGGUAAACUUCUAAUUUAAUGUUGUCCUAAUGUAUUUGCUAAAAAAUCGUGAAAAUACAGCUAGUCUAUGUUUUAUGGGGUGUGACAAAGUAGAGUAGUCCGUCUUUGUGUUUGGCGUUGAACAGCGACAGCCAAACAAAGCUACGUUAACGAGAAAUGUACUAGCCAUCGAUUUAAUCUAACUCUUGGAUGUUUUGUAAUUAGACUACUUUUUGCAACACUACGCCACAGAAUAAAUCAACAGUUUCAAUGCUGCAAGAAGACGAUGGUUCGCAGCUCCAGUGCUGUGUUGUGGUGGAGCGCCUCAAUCAGUCUGGCCAGGCAAUCAAACGCCAGGUCAUCCGAAAGGCAGGGGUUGUUUUAGGGCGAAACGAGUUCCAGGAGAUCAUCCUGCGUGUCCACGACGGGAAAGUACCACAGAACUACCCACUCAAAGACUUUCAGCUGUUCACGCGGUUCGCCAAAGACGGCAAAUGCACCGUCAAGCUGCUCCCGGACAACAUCCAGGUGCUGAUCUCCGACUGCCCGCCUCACCGGCUGAACGUUUUCCUGAAGACCCUGAGCAUCAAGUAUCAGGCGUGGAAAACCGGCACGCCACUCACCGACCGGGCGAAGCUGAAAGCCUGUCUACCGCGGAGCUUCGACACCAUCAGCCCGUUGCAACAGAAGGACGUGCAGAAGGCGAAUGAACUGAGGAGCAAAGUGAAUGCUCCUCUGACCUCCAAACGACUCCUUGAGAGGAACUUGAAUAAGAUAACUGGAGGGCAACAGGUCAAGAGAUCUCGGACAGACUGUGACUCCAGUCCGGUGAAAGCCCUGCCGCCCAGCAAGAGGCCAACCCUGUCUCUCCCUGCAGCUCGUCAGCUGACCCGGGGCCAGGCGGCCGUGCUCAGCGCUGUGCUCAGCGGCAAGAACGUCUUCUUCACCGGGAGUGCAGGCACAGGGAAGUCCUUCCUGCUGAAGAGGAUUGUAGGGUCCUUGCCACCCAAAAGCACCUACGCUACAGCCAGCACUGGGGUGGCGGCUUGUCACAUUGGAGGAACCACGUUACACAGCUUUGCAGGUAUGGGCUCAGGUGCGGCCCCCUUGGAGCAGUGUCUGGAGCUGGCCCAGAGGCCCGGGGUGCUGCAGCACUGGACCAGCUGUCAGCACCUGGUCAUAGAUGAGGUCUCCAUGGUGGACGGUCAGUUCUUCGACAAGCUGGAGGCCGUCGCCAGGUCAGUGAGGAGGUCGUCUCAGCCCUUCGGCGGAAUCCAGCUCAUCAUGUGUGGAGACUUCCUCCAGCUGCCUCCUGUGUCCAGGGGCAAGGGCAAGGCUAGCUUCUGCUUCCAGGCCAGGAGCUGGAGGAAGGUGGUGCAGGUGAACAUGGAGCUGAUGGAAGUGCGGAGACAAACGGACCAGAGCUUCAUCUCCCUGCUGCAGGCCAUCAGGGUGGGCAGGGUCACAGAGGAAGUCACGGCCAAGCUGAUGCAGAGCGCCUAUCACAAGAUAGAGCGUGACGGUAUCCUAGCGACCAGGCUGUGCACGCACAAGGAUGACGUGGAGCUGACCAAUGAGAAUAAACUACAGCAGUUGCCAGGGGCGGAGCAUGUGUUUGAGGCGCUGGACAGCGACCCGGCGUUGGUGAAGACCAUCGACGCCCAGAGCCCCGUCAGCCGGCUGCUGCAACUUAAAGUGGGAGCGCAGGUGAUGCUGACUAAGAACCUGGACGUGCAGCGAGGGCUGGUGAACGGGGCCAGAGGUGUGGUCGUCGACUUCCUGCCAGGAAAACAAGGGCUCCCGCGCGUGCGUUUCCUGUGCGGAGCGACGGAGGUGCUGAAGCAGGAGCGCUGGAUGUUCAAGGCCGGGGGCGGGCUCUAUCUCAGCAGGCAACAACUGCCACUCAAACUGGCCUGGGCCAUCUCCAUCCACAAGAGUCAGGGCAUGACCCUGGACUGCGUGGAGAUUUCGCUGGCGCGUGUGUUCGAGAGCGGCCAGGCCUAUGUGGCUCUGUCCAGGGCCAGAAGCCUGGAGGGGCUGAGGGUCAUGGACUUUGACCCCCGCGUGGUCCGUGCUGACCCGGAAGUGCUCCUCUUCUACAGGAAGCUGAGGAAGGAGAGGCUGCUACUGCAGGUGAGAUCAGAGUCUGACCUCGCAGCCUCCAAAAAAAUGAAGGAACCUGACUCAAUAUUUAAGAUAUAUUGCAGCCUCUGGUCUGCAUGUCACUGGAUCACGACCGUCUCUGGAGGAGGGGAACCCUCACUCCAUUCCUCCUCCCAGGAUUUCUUAUUCCUCGUCUUAGGUUAGUUAGCUGGCCCUCUGCUGCCCCCUGGUGGAGGAAGGUUCUUAGUGCCUUCUGUGCUUGCAGUCCUUUCAUGCGGUCUAUUCAGGGUUCCUGUCCUCAGACACCUUGAGUCUGCAGGAAGUAUGCCGUCACACAGGAAGUAUGCCGUCACACAGGAAGUAUGCCGUCACACAGGAAGUAUGCAGUCGCGUCGUAAAAAAUGUGAAACGUUUAUUUUUAUUUUAUUGGUCCCUUCAUGAGUGAUGUCAGGAUAAAGUUUCUGUUUCUAGGACUUCAGUGCUCACAGAUUCUCUCUCCUGUCCUCCCUUCUCCAGGCAUCUAUGGAUGAGUUUGUGGGCCAGAGCAACAAGGAAAACCAGCGUUUGUGAGGUGUGCAUGCAUGUCCAGCCUGACACAGAUAUACUCUGUUCACACGCACCCAGACUGACAGACUGGUUACAACAGGCCCCUUAUGAUAUUCGGAGUGACUGGCCUUGUUCAGAAAGGGGAUCUCCAAAGCGACCUUCUCUGGAACAGCUGUGACGACAUUCCUUCUUCUACCUCCGUUAUGAAUCUCCUUCAGCAUCAUGGAACUGGACUUACACCUGCCGCUUGAUCAGAAACUACUUUUUAAAAGUUUUAUUUUUAUACUAUUUAUUACUCUCUGCUCGACAUUGGGAAUUAUGCACUUCUUUAACAUGAAUAAAGUUUUGUU